AUGCCUGGACUCCAGAGACAUUUAUCAGGCCAACCCGCCAACAUGUUUUUCAAUAUAAUCAUUCUUUUAAAUGCAGGGUUGUUAAAUGCCAUUGACAGUAGUCUGUUUGUUAAAGAAGAGGUUCCUGUCGCUAAUCUGAAUCUAGUCGAGGAACAAGAUUUUGUUCAGUCAGCUUUCAUUUGCAGUUUAAAGUUUUUGGGAAAAAAAGCUGAAGGUGGAGAUUGUCAAGUGUUUAAUUAUGUAAACACAACUGAAAGCUGUUUUCUCGGUAGCUUUAGUGAGAACGAUAAAAGUGACAAGGAUAAUUCAACACAGUUGGUCUGGAAGCAAAGAGGAUGCCCCGUUCCAGAGGAUCCAGAACAUGGAAGGUGGAACUGUCUGAAGAACAUUAAGCAAGAAAAAUGUUUUUUGGUUUGUUCUCCUGGAUAUGUUGCCCAAUCUUACAGAGGCCUUUAUUGCAACCAUGGAGCUAAUGCUGAAUGGGAUAAACCUCUAGAUGAGUUUAAGUGUUUACCAACUAUUAUAGCAGUUACAGGGGGGUUGCUAUCACCAACGAACAAGCAGUUCUAUACUUUUGGACCCAAUGGGCAAAGGCUUUAUACACAAGGGAUUACUCAACAAACCCGACAGCAUGUUGUGCAGUAUUUCAGUGGCAAGAUAACCUACUGUGGGGGUGAUCCAAAAGCUGGAUGGAUCAACACUGGAUGCUACUAUUACGAUUUUGAUUUAGGAAAUCAAUUCAAAAAUAAUAUCAAUUCUAGAAAACAAAAAUGGGGAAAUUCUCCUAAUACUCAAAUUUUGAUAAUUUGA